CGGCAGCCUGUGGUCAGUACCGAGUUGAACGUUGACAAGUGGAUACCAACCGACACACUAAGGACGCGUUCCUAAACAAUACCCCAGUGAAUAUUGACCCAGCUAACGCUGACAAAGGCCAGGCCGUUAUAUUUCAGUUGAAAGCCAUGACGUCAGUUCAAAUUUCGUGCUAGCCACGAGUCCAGUGAAAGUUAUUUAUCCUGUGCAAGAAUACAAAGUGAUCUUUAUCCUUGAAACUUAGAUAGGAAUAAACUCGAGACAGUGUCAAUUGAAUCAUUAAUUUCGUACGAGAAUCGAUUGGCCGCAAACAGUUGAUAGAUUAAAUAUUAACAUGGGUUGUGCUAGUAGUUCGCCGUUGGCUGGAGCCAAUGGAAAAAUAAUGGAGGUUGCCAAAGGAGCCGCUUCAGAUGCAGUUCAUGCCGGAGAGGAUGCAAUUAACGAUGUAAAAUCAACAGUAACGGAAACCGUAUCGAAUGUUAAGGAAGUCGUCGUUGAAGCUGUCCAGAAUGUAGGACACGGAAUUGAAUCAGCUAUAAACGGCAAAAAGGACAAUAGCAACAACGAUGACCGUGACAUUAAAGACAUUGGCGUGAUGAACAACACAGGUAUGGAUACAAAUUCAGCCGAUGAUGACCCCCACACCCACCAUAUCCCUCUCAAAGGUCCCUCGAAAUCAAUAACAUCAACAAUGAAUCCCGUCGCCCUAGAUAAGCUCACGGACGUUAUCAAUACUAAAUCAAAAGAGUAUCAUGACGAGGCGGAAAAACUAACUGAUGACCUUAUCAAAGAAACCAAUGAUAUUGUAAGUGAUACGAUAGACACGACAAAUCAACACGUUUCGAAAUCAAUUAAUCAAGUAGUGAACACCGCCACCACCGCCCUACAAGGUAGUCCUGUACAUUCCCUUAACAGUUUGGAAACUAAUUCCCCCGAACCGGAAAUAGAGAAAGCGAUGGCGAACGGAAAUAAAAUGAAUCCACCCACCCCCAAACCCACAUAUUCUGAACUUGAAAAGCUCCAAUCGGAAAUAUCUUCGUCGAUAAUACACAGUGGGAUGAAUAUUAUUGGACUGGCGACCGCGAAACUAGAUAAUUCAGUACCAAAAGUUAAUGAAAGUAACGGUCAGGUUAUGGUCAGUGCAGAGUGAGUAGUCUAACGCUUUUCCAGCAAUAACAAGUGAAAAAUCGUAUUUUUACGACAAUGUAAUAUUUUUCUAAAGCACUUUUUCACAAGUUUUCUCAUUGUAAGAUGAAAUCUUUUUAAUAUUUUAGUCAUAAAUUUUGAAAUCAUAUCAUAUUUAUGUGCACUGUUGUCAAAUCCUUCAAUGAUAUUUAUAACUGACAAGAGUCCUAGGUCGGACAAGUACGACAAUUAAUACUAUCAAAUAAAAUUGUUAAGAUAUUAUAUAUUUUCCUUCGUUUAAAUGUAACGAUAAACAUGAUUACAUGAAGAUACCGAUUGUGACAUCGAAUCGGAAAGUUAUUUUUUAAUAAAACUUUUUGUAAAUAACA